UCUGCAGGCGCGGCCGGGACGCGCUCCGCCCUCUGCGCGCUCUGCUAGGCUCAGCUUGCUCCGCACACACCCGCGCUGCUUCCCGGGUCUCCAGCGGAACCAGGCUGCGGCCGCCCCAGGCGAUCCUGUGCACGCCCCGCUGUGGUUCGUGUCAUUCACACAGAGGAGAGCGACAAGGAGACGCACAAGGGACCCCAGGAGGAGGCUUCCAUCCAGUCAUUGCAGGAUGUUCUGGAAGCUCUCGCUGACCUUGCUCCUCGUGGCUGUGCUGGUAAAGGUUGCUGAAGCCCGGAAGAACCGGCCUGCGGGCGCCAUCCCUUCACCGUACAAGGAUGGCAGCAGCAACAACUCAGAGAGAUGGCAUCACCAGAUCAAGGAGGUGCUGGCCUCCAGCCAGGAGGCCCUCGUGGUCACUGAGCGCAAGUACCUUAAGAGUGACUGGUGCAAGACGCAGCCACUGCGGCAGACCGUGAGCGAGGAGGGCUGCCGCAGCCGCACCAUCCUCAACCGCUUCUGCUAUGGCCAGUGCAACUCCUUCUACAUCCCGCGGCACGUGAAGAAGGAGGAGGACUCCUUCCAGUCCUGCGCCUUCUGCAAGCCCCAGCGCGUCACCUCCGUCAUCGUGGAGCUCGAAUGCCCCGGGCUCGACCCACCUUUCCGAAUCAAAAAAAUCCAGAAGGUGAAGCAUUGCCGGUGUAUGUCCGUGAACCUGAGUGACUCUGACAAGCAGUGAAGUCACCAGGGCAAGAUGCAGCUCCACCCUGAGAGCCCUUGCCCCUGGGUCUCGCCACCGCCACUUCUGUCGAGCUCACUCACACUAUGCCCGGUGUCCCUAUCAGCAGCAAAUGCAUCUCUUAGGGCUAACAGUGCCCUUGUCACAAAUGUGGACCGCAAGUCGAUAUGUUCCAGAUCCACCCCGGGCUAUACUCGUGUCUCCAAAUCCAGGCUGUGGAUCGGGCACAGAAGAUGUUGGAAAACACUCUCAGAAACUAGACAGGACUUUUUAGGCGAUGCACUGUCAAUCGGGGAUUGACGUUUCCACCAUGUGGAAAAGCCAGCCUUUCCCUGGCCACAUCCUACACUCCAGCUCUACCCUCCCUUGGUGAAGAACGCACCACUACUCUGUCGCAAACUUCGACUUCCGUUGGCCACCAGACCUCUGUGGUGUGGGCAUUCACUCUUCUGAGCUGGGAGCUUCCGGGCUCUGAGGUUGCUGUGAAGUCAAUAUGGGCAGCAUCCACAAGCUCACCCUCAAGGGGUCUCCAAACAAACCUGAUACCCACAAGGACAAGGCAAGCUUAGUGGAUCAGGAAAUGACUUCCCUAGGAACUGUGCUCAGCAGGCCAGACCCUCUGCACCUCUAGACACCACCACCUCUUUUCUUGUUCCUUCUAGCCCUCACCUGUGGACUCAAGAUGAACUCUGGUGCACAUGCUCUUCCAUUAGCCUGUCCCCACGCAAAAGGUCUCUGUGUUAAUGUCAGUUCUAUAAUUGAUCUAUUGUGUAAAAAGCUGUUAAAAGUAUUAUCGACCUAUCCCUGUAUCGACUCACAUGUUUGGACUCUGGCUUUGCAGCACCAUUCUUGAAUAGACAGUAUCACAGGGAGUGAGCUGUAGAAAAGGUAUUUUACCGAGAAAUACUGCCAGGUCAGCAAUUCACUGCCACACACCUUUUAUCAGAUUGAGCGGGGAGGAGGGACAUGUCACCAUUUACACACAUGAGUAGGACAUCACUGAGACACUAAAGCAUUGCAGCAUAGUGUAGAAACUGGGCUAGGACAGAUGGUGUAUCCAGGCGAGUCAUUGGGAAGUGGUAACGCUUGAGGCACACACGUGAAAUGAGACCUGGUACUGUCUUCACUGCCAUAGCACUAAGCAAAAAAUAUUUUCUAUUAAAAUUCAUUUAAGGAUAUAUGGGAUUGAGACACUUGGUGGCACAGGCAGACAUAAAAAGUACACAUAGAGGGUAGUAAUGUAGCUGAACUGUCGCUCAGAAAAUAGCUUCCUUUCCAAAGACUAGACUUCUACGAAUACCUUAGGUCACCCUUCGACUUUGUGAUGAGUUGUGGAAGUCUCUGUAGUGUGGCCUUUGAUGAGAGGACAUUGAAAUAAUCUAUUUUCCUCCAACAUUACACUCACGUUCAAUCUCUUUGUGCAAUUGUCCCUGUGAAUGACGUGUAUGGAAUCUGACAAAUGUGAAGGAGAAGCCAUUGCUGGGGCUCAGAAUAUGUUAACCUCCUUUGGUUGGCCAAUUCUCAGUGCAAGCUCUUGCACAAGAGUGGGUUUCCUCAUGUGUGAGAGAGACCAUCCGUUAGCUGCUCUGAGAUUCAGGCUUCUGGACACUCAAUAAUGAUGCUGGCUCUCUAGUUGGCCACCCAGAGCAAAGGACUGGGGCGAGUGGGGUAGGGUGUUUCAGGUACUCUCUUACCUGAGUCAGAAUGCAUGUUUUUGAGUUUAUUUACUUCUGCAACCCAGUAAACCCUAAGCCCAGCCGGUGUGGUUUUGAUGGGAAUGUUAACUUCAGAAAUGAGAGCUCAUAGCCUGAAAUCUGGAGAGAGAGAUGAGAAUGGAGAAAUUGUAGAGGGCUGGGACCCCUGGGAUGAAGGCAAAAAGAGAAAAGGGCGCCCAAGGUCAGAGCUGCAGUUUUCACUUUGAGUAGAAAACCUCAAGCUAGAGCCAGAGCAGAACAUGCAGCAGGAAAGCUGUGAAGGACAUCCGAGUUUCCUUAAUGGAGGAUGAUGAAGUAGAACAAGAAGGGAGAGAAGAAGAGUCUCACACCCAGCUGCAAAGCCAGCCCAUAUCAUUUUAUUAACAGGACCCACACAAGUAGAGGAAGAGUUGAGCUAGCAACCCACAAAGUACACAUGUUAGCACUCUUUUUGAUCUUAGUCAUGGUUGUACCCAUGAAAGCUAUAUGACAUGCUGUGGUCUGAGGCUACUUCUGGGGUUAUUGUAUGUAUAAUGUUUACCUUCGAGUGGCUCAAAUUGUAUUUAAAUUUUGUCUUGUUUAUAAAUGAAGAAAAGCUAUAAGUAUAAUGUAAUUAUUUUAUAGGUAUACUAUUAAGUUAUAGAACCAGUAAAGGUACUUUGGGAUUAUAUGUGAUCCUGGUGUCAUGUGCCAUAAAAGCUGAAUUCUGCACUUGUGUCCUUGGGUAGCAAGGGAUCUUGGUGCACUCAGAAUGUUCCAGCCUCUGGGAGUUCACCACUGGCCCAUGUCACAAACUGUCCUUGGGGGUUUGGGAUCUUCUAGGAGAAUUGGAAAGAAGCAUUGAGCAAACAGAAUUGGUGGGGAUGGCUCUCCGUCCCAGUCUACAGGAGCACCUAGCCUCUUCCAAAUCACCCACCAGCUGAACAUAGAAUGUACUCACAGUGCUCCUGGAAUGAGAAAUGAGGAAGCUUUGAGAGACUGAUGCAGCAGAAGUCCACUGUAAGUCUCGUCGUCUCUCUUGUAGCCAGUGCGCCACACUCGUGUCUUACAUAAGCCAGAAACUGUGCUGAGUUUUGCUUAAUUUUCCGUUGACUUUCCACAGAAUUCAACAUUUCUAAUUUAAACACGUCUCAGUUUCACAGUGUUGUCAUUUUCCUGCAAGUUGAAUUAUCUGCCAUUUAAGAAAUGCAAUGAUCAAUAAAA